UUUCUUGGAGUUAUUACUCAAGUAAAAUCAAUUCCAUUCCAAUAAUCCGAGUUUUUUUUUUUUUCCGAAUCAGAUCCCGAUUGAAUGAUAUCAUUUCAUGAGCAAUAUUACGUGCAUCAGUGACAGCAAUAAUGGUAUAUGGAGCUUAUCAGGGUUUCAGUGUCAAAAGUAAAGACCUUGGACAUCGUCACAUUAACCUUUUGUUCUUUUCCUAAUUCAUGAUAUCCAGAACCAUCCCUUGACAAAGAGAUGGAUAAAGCCAGAAUAUUUGAAAGUAGACAAAAACCUUGUAAACCAGCAUAUGUUUUCUGUGGACAAUCGUAUGGUUUUAAACAAGGCCACAGCCUUAUGUCAGCAUGCGUUCCAGAUGAAGCCAGCGAACACUGCAAUAACUUCAAACGAGAAUAUCUAUGAAUCCAAUGGAUCCUUUCGUAAGAAUCUAUGCCCUUUUUUUUGUCACAGAAUGAGAGGGACAGUAUAUGAAUCAGCAAGGUGAAGAAGUCUACCUCCUUUUCCUCGAUCCUUUUCGGUAUCUAUACCUAUUAAGAAAAGCUAGCAAAUGGGAAUUGUAGCUAAGGAGGAUGGUGUGCUUAAAUUGGUUCAUCCAGGUAGGUAUGUGGAGAUUCACAGACAGCCUAUAGCUGCAGCUCAAGUGCUGGAGAACAACCCCAGGCAUUCCAUUACACGACCUGAUGUGUUUGAGUAUCCAUGGAUUGUAGUUAAGCCCGACUCUGUAUUGCGUUUAGGGAAAGUUUUCUUCAUUGUUCCCAACAGCACAAUUUACAACCUGCUAAAAGCUCACAGGCAGUGCAACCAGAAUUCUCCACGCCAAAGCCAGUUUUCAAAGAAUUAUGCUUGUGGACAGGUUCAAAAACGGAACUCGACUAGAAAGCCAGCUACAAUGUCAGCCAAGCAUCGACCCAAGCACCGAUGGUUUAAGCAAUCACUUCCUAUAACAUCCUGUACGGGAGCAGCUUUCCAAGAGCAAGACUGUGAUAAGAGAAUCAGAAACCCUCCAGGAAAAUCAGCUGAGACGUCACCCAACCGGCACAACCGGCACCGAUCCCUUCCUAUCACAUCGUGUAUUGUGACAAGUUUCCAAGAGCAGGACUAGACUUCGAAGAGAAACCACAGGAGGAUUCAUCAAGUGAGAAUAGACCUUCAAAUUAUAAAGAAUAUCGUUCUGUCAACACGAACACCACGGCGGGAUUUCCUAGAAAGAAUGAUAGUGAGUUAGAUUAUAAUUGCAUGGAAGAGGUAAUCACUCUGAAAUCUUGCUCGAGGAAACAGGACAGUGUUCGUAAGUUGCUUCAACUCAAGGUUUCUUUCAACUUGCCAGUCAAAGUUGAGGAGCAGCGUAGAGCAGUCCAUGCAACCAGAGCAGGAGUUUCAAGCAAUCGUUUCUGCAGCUCCUCGGAAAUUUUUGUGCAUUUUACAAACCUCGUUGCAACAUAACCAGAUUUUUCCUUUUCCUUUCCUGAACACGUGACAUCUAUGCUUAAGAAUGUUUUUCUACCCAUCCGUUGGUUCUUCAUAUCCACUAAAAGUCAAUCCACAUGCAUGAAGUUUCUAUGCAAAAUUUGUGCUAUUC